UAGCCAGACGGGUCCAGCAAGUACCCAGUGCAGGCCAACCGUGGUCAGGUGCACGCAGCACUCUCGGCCACGGCCUUGGCAGGCAGGCGCGACGGCCGUGCCCGCACCCGUUCAGCCAGCAGUCGCACCACGACCAUGGCAAGGCCGUGGGCCGAGUCAGCCACCAGCGGACCAGUCCGAGCAGACCGGCAGUUCGGUCGGACCGAAUUCUGGGCAUUCAGAUAUGACUCUAGACAUUAGGAUCUUCCUAUAUGACUCUAGAGUUCUUCAGGAUUCACGUCAGUAUUUAUCGGCCACUUUUGGCGACUCGUCAAGAGAUUUGUGUGCCUUAGUAAUCAGUCAGAAUGUUAUCACGUAUUCAGUAAUGUUAAACUUUCUCAAUGUUCAGAUGCCGCCACGUAGGGAACCCGAUCAUCAGGCUCCUACUCAGGCUACUGUAGUCGCUCAGUUCCGCGACUACCACGCUGAAAAGUUCUCAGGGCAGGGAGAUCCCCGCAUCGUUGAUGAAUGGAUUCAGGGUUUAGAGUUUAUCUUUGAGGUCAUGGACUGCCCCGAUAGAUAUCGCGUAAUCUGCGCUCAGCUUCAGCUCACUGGUGAUGCUAGGCUCUGGUGGAAUGCCUACUGGAGCAUGCGUCCCGGUGAAAAAGCAGGUUGUACAUGGGACAUGCUCAAAGAGCUAGUCCGCGAAAAGUACUACCCCUCCUACUAUCGGGCAGAGAUGGAGCGUAAGUUCUUAGCGCUCCAGCAGGGCACUCGUACGGUUGAUGAGUACGAGCGAGAGUUCACUAGACUUGCAGCUUUCGUACCGGACCUGGUUCGCACGGAGGCUCAGAGAGCGCAGCGGUUCAUCGAUGGGCUUUUCCCAGCAGUCCGUCACAACAUCGUGGGACACGGGACUCAGACCUAUGCUCGUGCAGUUUCUAUCGCCCAGGAGGUGGACGCUAGCAUCAGGAGGGAGACCGUCCGUGAUCGUGCCCAGCCAUCUGCCCCAGUUCUGCCAUUUGUAGCUCCACCAGCCCUACCAGCUGCUCAGCCGACGAAGGAGAAGAAGAGGAAGGGGAAGGGUGCACAGACUAACCGGAGGACCCGACAGAGACAGCAGCCGAUUCCACCGUGCCCGAGUUGCGGACGACUUCAUCGGGGAGAGUGCCAU